UAGCUGCUCGCUAGCAUUGAUCCUCGUCUUCAAACAUGCUCUGAUUUAUUUAGCUGGCAGGUAAGGAUCCGUUUGAUAUCGAUGCAACAAAUACGUUUACACGACAUCCGUAUCCACCUCUAAAACCAUCGCGACAAAAAACAAAACCGCUCGACGGGAGUCGCAAAACAGCCGAAGGUCGUUUUUAUGAGCUAGCAUGGCAUGCUAGCCGGGGAGCUAACUUAGCUCGCAAACUAGCAACUUCAAGUACAGCACAGCAAGUCAGCGGCACGGGCUGAGGAGGAGACACUAAGUGAAUUGUGAGACCGACGUGUCUUAAGAAGUCCCCGCCGGCACGUCCUCUUAACAGCUGGCUGUGUUUGGACAUUUCUCCAGAGCCGCGACAAACAGCUGUUGAGCAGCCCCGAAGUCUCGGGUCCAACGUUACGCUGCGAGUAACUCCGCCUCAGAUAAAGUACUCGAGCACUUUGACACACGGCGGUGCCUCGUUAGACGGGUAGACAGCCGCCAGCCGGGAGCUCCAGACGUGUAACGUGUUUGGAGCAGCGGGAUGGCAGUGUGUGCACUGACCAUGCUGGACGGGAUGGCGGAGGAGGCGACGGCGGCCGGCGGUGUGCUGCUCCUGGUCCUGGCUCUCGUCUUCGCUUGGCUCUCGACCCACGUGGCCGACCGCGGGGACCACAUACUGGGCACCAUCCUCACCGUGGGCGCUCACGCCUCCCUGAUCGGACUCGGAGGCCACGACGGCUACAGCGCCGGCUCGCCCGGCGCCGACAGCCCGGAACAGCAGGCUCCCCCGCCUCCUCAGGAGAACAAGCCGGACGACGGCGAGCCGGGGCCCGAGAGGGGAGAGGGGGAGGCGCCCGGGGAGGCAACCGAGGGUGUUAGGACUGAUCUCCUGCUGGACAUACAGAGCAAACCGCCACAGGUUGGAAGAUUGCACACUUCAGAUGACGAGGAGGAUGAGGACGAGGAUGAAGAAGAAGAGGAGGAGGAUGAGGAGGAGCUGGGGGUGGAAGAUAAAAAGAUUCUGAAGCAUAUCCCUGUGUUGUCCAGCAUCAUCUCGCCCACCACCGACCGCUCCAUCUCCGUCCGUCUGAAGUAUUUAAACGACACGGAGGAGGUAGCGGUCGUAGAGCCACAGGACACAGUGGGAGUACUGAAAAGUAAAUACUUCUCAGGCCGGGAGCAUCAGAUCAAACUCAUCUACCAAGGCCAGUUGCUGCAGGAUCCCAAGAAGACGCUCGUCUCCCUGAACAUCACGCAGAACAGCGUGAUCCACUGCCACGUCUCCCAGGCCCUGCACGAGACCACGCCAGAGGAAGGGGCUCAGCCCGGCGCCGGGGUCUCGGGGGGGUUGAGGGCGGCCGGCGUGGCCAUCAGCACCAGCAGCCUGGUGGUGCCCGUGUUCGUGGUGAUUCUGGCCGUGGUGUGGUACUUCCGCAUCAACUACCGGCAGUUCUUCACCGCCCCGGCGACGAUCUCGCUGGUGGGGGUCACUGUGUUCUUCAGCUUCCUGAUAUUCGGGAUGCACAGCCGCUGAGAGAGAAAAAAAAAAAAAAGAUUCGUGCCGCCUGGAGAGACAGACGGACUGACUGGAACAGGUUCUCUGGGCCGACUGGAUGCACCAACAAGAUGAUGGAUUGUACAGUUUAUGUUGAGUUGGUAAUAAUCUCAAGUAAGUAAACGUUUAGCUGGUAUCAAACUACACUUUGUCUCCUACCGGUAAACACUGCGUUCAAACACUCGGCUGCUCUUUUAUCGUCGCAAAAGAUUCAUGAUGUGUUCGGCUUUGUUUUUGUUUUUUUAGGCCAAAACUAUAAUUAAUUUUAUAGAUGCCAGAAUCUCAAAUAUUUUGGAACCCCUCACUGUUGUGAGGUGUGUUUAAAGUACCAUUAUUUAGUGUAUGUGAAUGACUCAAGCUCUGUGUCAGCGAAUGUGGACUGUACAGAGGCCUCGUUUCAAAAACUGUUGCUUUGUAGAAAUAGGCUAAUUUAAAUAAUCACUAGACAUGAAAAUAGACAGUUUGAGAAUAUAUUGUAAAUACAUUGUGUAUUUUCUGUAAAUAAAAUGAAUCAGAUGAACCUGCAUCUGGCACUUAAAGAUUUGGAAGGGGAACCCCCUCCUGAUGAUGCUGGACUGCUCUGGCUUCAGUGAUGUCUCAAAUUAAAGCAUUUCAAACCAAA